CCUAAAUAAAACCCGGGGUUUUAGGGUUCUUGGAUUGUGCGCGAUCGCGAUGAGGCUGCUAACGCACAACAUGCUGUCCUGCAACAUCAAGGGCGUCAGCAAGGGAUUCCCGCUCGGCAUCGAGGUCGCCAAGCUGGAAACCAAGACGGUAGAGUUUAAUCCGCAGUUCUUGCGCCAUUCCUUCCCCAAAAUCGAGUGGAAAGCGUUCCAGGAAGCCGCAAAGACUCUAGGUGUGAAUGAUCUUCCCGAGCAAGUAGAGCCCUCAAUGCUGGACGAUGAUGACUUCCUGCGGCGAUUUCAUCAUGCUCUCCUUGAGAUCCAUCUAGAGGAAGGAGACUUGGUCUGUCCAGAGACUGGGAGAAAAUUCCCCGUAGCGAAAGGUAUUCCAAACAUGCUCCUCAACGAAGACGAGGUGUAGAAAUGUAGUUUUUGUUCUUUUCGCUUGUGACCUUUCGUAUAACAUUCGCGCUACAACUUUAACUCCUUCACGUUGGUCGUU